AGGCGGAGGUUACAGUGAGCCGAGACUGUGCCGCUGCACUCCCUCCUGGGCGACAGAGCGAGACUCUGUCUCAAAAAUAAAAAGUAAAGAGAAAUUCUUGCUGCCCACCAUCCUCCAUGCACUUGCCUGGCAUGUUGAUGACGGAGGCAACCCUUGUGAGAAUUCUCCUCUGCGGAGCCCUUUUUAGAAAAUCUGACCCCAUUUUAGAAAAAUCCAUCACGUACCCAAUUUUCUCCUCUCAGUGUGUUCCACGGUUGGUAGGUGUUCCACGGUUUGUUAUUGUUGGUUUUUAAGUCUUCCCCCAGUGCGGCCCUUGCUUGAAAGAAAACACUGACCCCAUUGGCCACGAUUUAACAAUUUUUGACCUCUGCCCAAGUUUUUCUGGAUUUUUCUACCAGUUUAAUUUCCAAGAGUGAGGGAUACAAACUCACUGGAAUCCCAAAACAAAGCUUGGUGUUUUUGAGGUGGAGAUGAGGAAGGAGUUUCUUCCCCUUUCCGGUUUUCUCCACCCUCCUCCUACCGGCUGGCUUGCUGGCCGAGAACUUUUUCAGAACUGAAUGAUUUGCCAGAGAUGAGAGGAAAAAAGGGCUGGUCCUUCAGAGCUAUUUGCCACAAAUAAACAAACAGAAUCUACCAUACAUUUGCCCCUUUGCCAUCUGCUCAGCUGGGAGGGAGCCCCACGCUUGGUGAACACAGCGCAGGGCCUUUGCAGCCGACUGGGAAAACAGCUCCAGUUGGAGGCAGUCCUCAGACAGGGGUACAGACCUGCAGAAACCUUCAGCUUUGAAGUCAGAGAAGCGUAUUUGAUCUUGGAGUUUGGGGCCAAUAUGGACGAGACAGGAACACAAAUCGCCUGGAUUGGAAGCUCUCAUUAUGGAAGCUUAAUAAACAGGCUACGUAGCUGGUAUUUUUUAUUUUUUUAUUUUUUUCUGAGACGGAGUUUCUCUCUUCUUUUCCAGGCUGGAGUGCAGUGGCGCCAUCUCGGCUCACUGCAACCUCUGCCUCCUGGGUUCAAGCGAUUCUCCUGUCUCAGCCUCCCGAGUAGCUGGGAUUACAGGCAUCCGUCACCACACCCAGCUAAUAUUUUGUAUUUUUAGUAGAGACGGGGUUUCGUCAUGUUGGCCAGGCUGGUCUCAAACUCCUGACCUCAGGUGAUCCACCCACCUUGGCCUCCCAAAGUGCUGGGAUUACAGGCGUGAGCCACCAUGCCUAGCCAAAUAUUGUUAUUUUUUUUUAGGAGAAGGAUUGUCGAGUUAAACAACUUUUAAAAAACAUUAUUUUAAGAAUUGUGGUAGAAUAUACAUAACAUAAUUUACUGUCUUCACCAUUUUUUUUUCCUUUUUUAGAGACGGAGUCAUACUCUGUCACUCAGGCUGGAGUGCAGCGGCGUGAUCUCGGCUCCCUGCAACCUCCGCCUCCUGGGUUCAAGCAGUUCUCCUGUCUCAGCCCCCCGAGUCGUAGCUGGCAUUACAGGCGUGCAUCACCAUGCCCGGUUAAUUUUUAUAUUUUUAGUACAGACGGGGUUUCACCAUGUUGGCCAGGCUGGUUUUGAACUCCUGGCCUCAAGUGAUCUGCCUGCCUCAGCCUCCCAAACUGCUGGGAUUACAGGCGUGAGCCACUGUGCCCGGCCCGGUAAUAGUCUUUUGAAGAAAGAUAUGAUUUAAUGACCAGGUGUUACUUAUUUUCGGGAUCUCAAGGCUGGGCAGAGUAACUUAGAAAGUUACGGCCCGUGGGGAACAGACGUGCUUGAGGUCAUCACUCGGGGCCUCUCUGGGCCUUCCCUCUGUGGCCUUAGAACCCUCUGGCCAGUCGACCUCCGUGGAGCCUCCUUUCCCUGUUGGUGACCUUUCUCUGGAGGUCCUCGAACCUGGGUAGUUCAUACAGAGCUGGGAGUCGGUUGUUCGCUGGGUAACUUCAUGCAGGACAAGCACCUCAGUUGACAGAUUUAAAGUUCACAAACAUUUUAGUCGAGAGAGAGAAUGAUGAUGCCUGCGCAGGGGCUAACCUUAAUAUUUACCUUAAGAAACCGACGGUUAUUUUAAAAGGAUGAAGUAUGUUGGUGCAGGGAAGGGAAGAGGGUCUAAUGCCGGGCCACCCCACUGGAAAUCCAGGGAGGUGUGCGGUGAGUUCAUGGCUGCACCCUGGAAUCUUGUUUGCUGUAAAUCCAGGGAGAUGUGCUGUGAGUUCAUGGCUGCACCCUGGAAUCUUGUUCACUGUAAAUCCAGGGAGGUGUGCUGUGAAUUCAUGGCUGCACCCUGGAAUCUUGUUCACUGUAAAUCCAGGGAGGUGUGCGGUGAGUUCAUGGCUGCACCCUGGAAUCUUGUUCACUGUAAAUCCAGGGAGGUGUGCUGUGAGUUCAUGGCUGCACCCUGGAAUCUUGUUUGCUGUAAAUCCAGGGAGGUGUGAUGUCAGUUCAUGGCUGCGCCCUGGAAUCUUGUUUGCUAUAAAUCCAGGGAGGUGUGCUGUGAAUUCAUGGCUGCACCCUGGAAUCUUGUUCACUGUAAAUCCAGGGAGGUGUGCGGUGAGUUCAUGGCUGCACCCUGGAAUCUUGUUCACUGUAAAUCCAGGGAGGUGUGCGGUGAGUUCAUGGCUGCACCCUGGAAUCUUGUUCACUGUAAAUCCAGGGAGGUGUGCGGUGAAUUCAUGGCUGCACCCUGGAAUCUUGUUCACUGUAAAUCCAGGGAGAUGUGCUGUGAGUUCAUGGCUGCACCCUGGAAUCUUGUUCACUGUAAAUCCAGGGAGGUGUGAUGUGAAUUCAUGGCUGCACCCUGGAAUCUUGUUCACUGUAAAUCCAGGGAGGUGUGUGGUGAGUUCAUGGCUGCACCCUGGAAUCUUGUUCACUGUAAAUCCAGGGAGGUGUGCUGUGAGUUCAUGGCUGCACCCUGGAAUCUUGUUCACUGUAAAUCCAGGGAGGUGUGCGGUGAGUUCAUGGCUGCACCCUGGAAUCUUGUUCACUGUAAAUCCAGGGAGGUGUGCGGUGAGUUCAUGGCUGCACCCUGGAAUCUUGUUCACUGUAAAUCCAGGGAGGUGUGCUGUGAAUUCAUGGCUGCACCCUGGAAUCUUGUUCACUGUAAAUCCAGGGAGGUGUGAUGUCAGUUCAUGGCUGCGCCCUGGAAUCUUGUUCACUGUAAAUCCAGGGAGGUGUGCUGUGAAUUCAUGGCUGCGCCCUGGAAUCUUGUUCACUGUAAAUCCAGGGAGGUGUGCUGUGAGUUCAUGGCUGCACCCUGGAAUGUUGUUCACUGUAAAUCCAGGGAGGUGUGAUGUGAGUUCAUGGCUGCACCCUGGAAUCUUGUUCACUGUAAAUCCAGGGAGGUGUGCUGUGAGUUCAUGGCUGCACCCUGGAAUCUUGUUUGCUGUAAAUCCAGGGAGGUGUGCUGUGAGUUCAUGGCUGCACCCUGGAAUCUUGUUCGCUGGAAAUCCAGGGAGGUGUGCGGUGAGUUCAUGGCUGCACCCUGGAAUCUUGUUCACUGUAAAUCCAGGGAGGUGUGCGGUGAGUUCAUGGCUGCACCCUGGAAUCUUGUUCACUGUAAAUCCAGGGAGGUGUGCGGUGAGUUCAUGGCUGCACCCUGGAAUCUUGUUCACUGUAAAUCCAGGGAGGUGUGCGGUGAAUUCAUGGCUGCACCCUGGAAUCUUGUUCACUGUAAAUCCAGGGAGAUGUGCUGUGAGUUCAUGGCUGCACCCUGGAAUCUUGUUCACUGUAAAUCCAGGGAGGUGUGAUGUGAAUUCAUGGCUGCACCCUGGAAUCUUGUUCACUGUAAAUCCAGGGAGGUGUGCGGUGAGUUCAUGGCUGCACCCUGGAAUCUUGUUCACUGUAAAUCCAGGGAGGUGUGCUGUGAAUUCAUGGCUGCACCCUGGAAUCUUGUUCACUGUAAAUCCAGGGAGGUGUGAUGUCAGUUCAUGGCUGCGCCCUGGAAUCUUGUUUGCUAUAAAUCCAGGGAGGUGUGCUGUGAAUUCAUGGCUGCACCCUGGAAUCUUGUUCACUGUAAAUCCAGGGAGGUGUGCUGUGAGUUCAUGGCUGCACCCUGGAAUCUUGUUUACUGUAAAUCCAGGGAGGUGUGAUGUGAAUUCAUGGCUGCACCCUGGAAUCUUGUUCACUGUAAAUCCAGGGAGGUGUGCGGUGAGUUCAUGGCUGCACCCUGGAAUCUUGUUCACUGUAAAUCCAGGGAGGUGUGCUGUGAAUUCAUGGCUGCACCCUGGAAUCUUGUUCACUGUAAAUCCAGGGAGGUGUGAUGUCAGUUCAUGGCUGCGCCCUGGAAUCUUGUUCACUGUAAAUCCAGGGAGGUGUGAUGUCAGUUCAUGGCUGCGCCCUGGAAUCUUGUUCACUGUAAAUCCAGGGAGGUGUGCUGUGAAUUCAUGGCUGCACCCUGGAAUCUUGUUCACUGUAAAUCCAGGGAGGUGUGCUGUGAGUUCAUGGCUGCACCCUGGAAUCUUGUUCACUGUAAAUCCAGGGAGGUGUGAUGUGAGUUCAUGGCUGCACCCUGGAAUCUUGUUCACUGUAAAUCCAGGGAGGUGUGCUGUGAAUUCAUGGCUGCACCCUGGAAUCUUGUUUGCUCAGAAGCCUUCUGGGUUCUUCUUCAGCGAUGGCCCCUGUGCCACGUGGCUUCUGUGGCCUUUCCGCUGGGUGCAGCGUUUUUCUUCCCUCAUGGCUGCUGAGCGCUGCUCUGGGCUAUGUGACUUCAAAGCCAUUCCCCCAGAGCGUGACCUGUUGUGGGCUGCCAGCUCGGAUGCUUUUGAUGUCUGUCUCCAGGAUACUUCCCUGGAAUCUGUGCAGAAAAGAGUGAAAUUGGAGUGA